AUGGCAGUUGUUCUACUAACCUAUGUGCUAAGAAAGGUUGGGAACAUUUUUGAGAAUGAGGUGCUGAAGGUAAGAGAUGGUUGGGAAGAAGUGAAUGCUGUGAAAGAAGAUUUUGACCGCAUCAAAGCCAUCCUACAUGAUGCAGACUCACUCGAAGAGGGUAGCCACUUCAUUGAGGAAUCAGUCAAGAAACUAAGAAAUCUUGCGUACGACAUUGAAGAUGCUCUUGAUGAGUACAAGCUACUGGAGGCGCAAGAUCAUGGCCAUGGACUCCUUGAAUUUCUACAGGAGUCACAUAGCUAUGUGAAGAACUGGAAAGCUUGCAGAAGGAUCAUGCUUCGGAUGAGAGAAAUAAGUCCCAAAGUCAAAACUGCCUGUGAAGAGCAUCAAAAGGUGUGUUACAAGUUCAAAAAAGCUGCAGAACCAUCCAGCACAUGGCAAGACCAGCGUGGAAAUGCUCUUCUAUUGGAAAAAGCUGAUCUAGUGGGUAUUGAAGAGCCCCUAGAGCAACUGGUGAAGCGGUUGGUGAAGGGUCCUCUUGAGAAAGAAAUAAUUCCAGUUGUGGGAAUGGGAGGUUUGGGCAAGACUACCCUCAUAAAGCAAGUUUUUGACGAUCCAGUGGUGAAGAAACACUUCACAAUCCGCGCUUGGGUCACUCGUUCUCCAUACUCAAGGACAGAAGAAGUCCUCAGGGACAUGCUUCAGCAAAUUGCUAGAAGCAUCAUGAAGUCUGUCCCCAGUGGAACAGACAAUUUAAGUACUGAUUUACUGAAAGUGAUGAUCAAGAGCUUGCUGCAAAGAAGAAGAUCGAGGUACUUGAUCAUUCUUGAUGAUGUGUGGCGUGUUGGUGAAUGGGAUGCCAUCAAAUAUGCAUUUCCCAACAACAAAAAUGGCAGUCGAAUAAUGAUGACAACAAGGUAUGUCGAGAUAGCAUUAUCUUCAUGCAAGGAAUUUGCUGGAGAGGUCUAUAACAUGAAGCCUUUGCAUGCUGAACAAUCAAUGAAACUUUUCUGCAUGAAGACAUUUAAGGGUCACUCAUGUCCUUGGAAUUUGAAGGAGACAUGUGAAGACAUCUUACAGAAGUGUGAGGGGCUACCCUUGGCAAUCGUUGCCAUUAGUGGCAUUUUGGCCACAAAGGACAACAAAAUAGAUGAAUGGCAUCUAGUACGACAAAGUAUUUGUUCUAAAAAUGAAGGCAAUGAUAGACUGGAGAACUUGAACAUGGUACUUUCUCUCAGUUUCAAUGCCUUGCCUUACCACCUAAAACCUUGUUUCUUGCACUUGAGUGUAUUCCCUAGGGAUCAACAGAUUGAGCAUAUGCGGUUAAUCCGAUUAUGGGUGGCGGAGGGACUUGUUCAAACAAAAGAUGGUAAGACACCAGAAGAAGUUGCAGAAGAGUACAUUAAGGAUCUCCUAAGCAGGAGCCUCAUUCAAGUGGCUGAGUUAACUAGCGAUGGAAAGGUCAAGAUGUAUCGCGUUCAUGAUCUCUUGUGGAAAAUUAGCCGUGCGGAGUCAAACGAUCGAAACUUUGCAACUGUAGUUGAUGAACAGCAUGCAGAGUGGACAGAUAGAGUUCGACGCCUCUCAGUUCACAAAACACUUCAAACUGCACGGAAAAAUGAGCCACUAUGGCAACUUCGCUCUCUGUUCAUGUUUGGGGUAAGCAAAUCAUCCAUUAAUAGAGUGCUCUCUUCUGGUCUCAAACUGCUCAGAGUUCUAGACAUGCAAGCUGCCCCCUUGAAAAGGUUUCCAACACAAGUAAUUGACUUGCAUCUUCUCAGUUAUCUAAAUCUUAGGUGCACCAAACUCCAAAAAAUUCCAAGUUCAAUAGCAAUGCUUCAGAACUUGGAGACCCUGGAUCUUAAACACACGUUCAUUUCUGUGUUGCCAGUGGAAAUCACAAAGCUCCAAAAGCUUCGCCAUUUACUUGUAUAUCGUUAUGAGAAUAUUGCUUAUUCGCACAGUAAGUUUGGCUUUAAGACCCUCGGAGAGAUUGGGGCUCUGCAAUGUUUACAAAAGCUGUGCUACAUAGAAGCGGAUGAUGAAGAAAGCAGCGUCUUGAUUAGACAGAUUGGGAGGUUGAUUCAACUGAGAAGGUUAUGCAUUCUGAAGCUAAAGACAGAAGACGGAAGGAAGCUAUGCUUAUCAAUUGCCAAGUUGACCAAUCUCCGUGCACUAUCAGUUUCUUCUUUUGAAGAUGCUGAAAUUGAUCUGCAAAACCUUGAUUCUCCUUCACAGCUCCUUCAAAGAGUGUAUUUAAGAGGAAAAUUGCAGACAUUGCCACAUUGGAUUGCCAAGCUCCACAGUCUUGCCAAACUUCACCUGAAAUGGAGCCAUCUCGAGGAAGAUCCAAUGUUAUCCCUCCAAAGUAUGCCCAAUCUUGUACACCUUGAGUUACUUCAAGUCUAUGGUUGGCAAAAACUAUGCUUCAAGGCUAAAGGAUUUCAGAAGCUGAAGAUAUUAGGUCUUGAUUGUUUUGAGGAGCUUACAUUUAUACAAGUAGAGGAAGGAGCAAUGUCUUACCUUGAAAAGUGGAGCAUCCAGCGAUGCAAAUGUUUGAAAAAUGUCCCAUCAGGAAUUGAGUAUCUCAGCAAGCUCAAAGCGCUGGAGCUUUUUGACAUGCCUGAUGAAUUAAUCGAGAAACUUAAGCCUGAAGAACAAAACGAAGAAUACGGGAAAGUUGCACAUGUUCCAGAGCUUAGUUAUGGCUACUGGAGAGAUGGUGCUUGGGACGUUACAUCAAUUGAGACGGCAGUUGAGAGAAUGGGAGAGGAACAGAACCCUCGAGCUCAGGACACUACCACGAAGAGAAGCAAUCUUCCUCCUUGUUGGAAGUAA